AUGUCGGCCGCGCUGGGCCUACGCCUCCCCCGGCUCCUCGGGCAGCCCCGGGCCUCGAUUUGGGGCUCCCCGGGGCUCCCCCCGCGGCUCCCGGGGCUCCUCCCGGGGCUCCCCGCGGGGCCGGGCCGGGCCAUGGCCGGACACAACCGCUGGUCCAAGGUGCGCAACGUGAAGGGCCCGCGGGACGCGGAGCGGAGCCGCCUCUUCCAGAGGAUGGCGCAGCUGCUGCGGGCGGCGGCCAGAGGUGAGCGUCCGGCCGCGGGGUCCCGGCUGCUGUUGGGGGUCAGGGGUCCGGGGGGGUCGGCGUUGCUGCUGGACGUGCUGACCGACAACGUCCGGCGCAGCCAGGCCGAGCUCCGGACACUGCUGGCACGUCACGGGAGCUCUCUGGCCGAGGGUGUCCAGCACAGUUUCCAGGCCGUGGGCGUGGUCCGAGUGUCCGGCCAGGCCGUGGCCAUGGAGGCGGCGCUGGAGGCGGCCGCGGUGGCCGGAGCCCAGGACGUGGUGGCCGAGGACGAGGACGAGCUCAAGUUCCUGUGUGACCCCUCGGCCCUGGGCAGUGUCCGGCAGGGCCUGGAGGCCGCGGGGCUCCGGCCGCUCUCGGCCGCCGUCGAGUUCCAGCCGCGGUCACCUCUGACCUUGGCCGAAGGUCCCAGGACGGCGGCCGGACGGCUCCUGGACGCUCUGGCCGAGCGGCCGGACAUCGUCCGGCUCUUCCACGACAUCGACCAGUGGCCGGAGGACGCCGGCGGUCACUCUGGUGAUGGUCAGUCCAGUGGUCACUCUGGUGGUGCUUAAUCCACUGGUGGCCGCUCCAGUGGUCACUCUGGUGGUGGUCAGUCUGCUGGUGGCCACUCUAGUGGUCACUUAAGUGGUCACUCUAGUGGUCAUUCUGUGGUGGUCACUGGUGGCG